ACAGAUGACACAGCCAUGGCCAGGUGUGUGGUGCGGUCCCUGCUAGCCAAGGGAGAGUUUGAUCAAGUUGAUAUGGCCAGGAGAUUUGCUGAGGAGCACAAGAAGGAGCCAGAUCGGGGCUAUGGGAUGGCAGUCGUCAAAGUGUUCAAGAAACUUCUGAGCCCCAAGUGCAGUGAUGUGUUUGAGCCAGCCCGAGUGCAGUUUAAUGGGAAAGGCUCCUACGGGAACGGUGGUGCUAUGAGGGUAGCAGGCGUUUCGCUGAUUUACCCUGAGGUUCAGGAUGUGAAGAAGUUUGCGAAGCUCAGUGCUGAGUUGACUCAUGCCAACUCACUUGGCUAUAACGGAGCCAUCCUGCAGGCGCUGGCAGUGCACCUCGCCCUGCAGGGAGAGCUUAGUCGGGAAAGCUUCCUGGAGCAGCUGAUCGGCCACAUGGAGGAUGUGGAGGCAGAUGAUAAAUCUUUGGCUGAUGCGCGAGCGAUGGGUUUUGAAGAAUUACCAUUUUCAAGGCGUCUUAAGAAGAUCAAGGAAUUUUUGGAGCUUAGCACCGUUCCAAAGUCAGAUGUAUUGCUUGAGUUAGGCAAUGGCAUUGCUGCUCUGGAGUCUGUCCCCACUGCGAUUUACUCCUUCUUGCGCUCCAUGAAAUCCGACCCAGAUAUUCCCGAUCACUACAACAACCUACAGAGGGUCAUCAUCUACUGUAUCUCGCUGGGUGGAGACACAGAUACCAUAGCUACCAUGGCUGGAGCCAUUGCAGGAGCUUAUUAUGGGGAGGAGCAGGUACCCCCGUGCUGGGAGCAGAGCUGCGAAGCUUUUCAAGAGACAGAAAUGCUGGCAAAUAGCUUGCACGAACUCUACUGCCAACGACUUUGAGCCACAGAAGUGGUGUCUUGUGCCAAGGUUAAAGCAAGUGGCUACCUCUGCCUCAUUGAUCAGAUCCAUAGCAAAUGGGUCCACCUUGUCUUUAAUGAUCUGUAACCUGUCCAAGCCCAGAAUGGCACUUGCUGUCAUGUGUCGCAUGGUAGAAGUGAGACUUGUACCUUAUUUUUCUGUUACAAUUGAUCUGGAGGGUGCUUGCACAGAGAGCUUUGGACGAUGGAAUCUGUUGUCCCACCAAAGCACAGAGGCAAUAUCUGGUUUCUGAUGAGAUUUCUGCUUCUUACCAAGGCCUCUCCUCCUGUCAGUGUCUCAUUCUGUCAUACGACUUGUCCAAGCUUCAAGUGGGGUCUAAAUCCAGGAACCAGCUUCCUGUCAUCUGUUUCCAGAUUCCACAGACUUCCAUUCAGAUGUUCACAGCCUAACCUUCAGGAAGCACUUGGGUUGCGCCAUACCCAUAUUGCAAUUCUUUUGUCAUCUUUACUCUCUGCAUUACACCUGUGCCUGACUCCUUAAACUUUCCAUUGCCUUAUGCACCAGACUGCGACCUUCCGGAAUGCUGCUCUUGCUCUGGUUACUCUCUCUCCUCCCAGUGCCUAAUCUGUGCUGUGCUAUCCUUACACCCCAUUCUGCACACCUGGUGUCCAAUGCAUGUGGCAAGGUCACUAGUAAACCAGUGGGGAGAGAUGUAGUAAAACCUAGUGGUACCUUAGGCUCAAAUCUUGGUCCCAUUGAAGUCAGUGACAAAAAUCCGAUUGACUUCAGCGGGAACAGGAUGCAACUUUAAUUGCUUUCAACCUCUGCACCUGCUUGGGAUUGUCUAAAAGUGGACAGGAGGACGGUUUCAGUUGAGAAUUCACUUCUGUUAAGAAAGGGCUCAUGUACUAGGAGACCGUGCAAAUGGUAGAAGAUGUAUUAGAAAACAGUGUUCUGCAGUGGGAUGUUUAAAAAUGUGCCCAGUCAAGCAGGCAGAAAGGAAAUAAUCUGAGUCUGUAUGCAAGCUGAGUUGUGGAAAUAAUGUGUUUUGAAAUGUCUAUAGUAAUUACAGAAAACAAAGAAAUAAAAACCAUCGUGUUUGCAGGCAGCUAUCGUAUGGAAAUGGGUAUAAAUCCGAAUAUUCCAAAGAUUUUACUAAAACUGGGAAGUGAACACAUUACUAAUAGGGGGCUUAUUUCCUGCUGAUGUCAGAAGAAAGUUAUUGUGUGUACAUAUGAACAAUCUGGUUGUAAUUGGGUUAUUCCUCACCUUUCCUGUACUUUGCUUCCCUAGAGUACCAGUCUAUUGCGUGAAGCUUUAAUGGAUUUUCCGUGUAUACACAUGACUAUUUGUCCUAUAAAUAUGUGGAAUUAUGGGCCCACUGUAUUUAUAGACUGUGCUGCAGAUCUGAGAAGUAAAACAUUAUAUCUUAUAUACUUCAAGAGACUUUUCAAGGAAGACAUUUAAAAACAAAUUUUCUGUUUAAACUGAGCUUGUUUUUCUUUUGAAUGGAAAGAAGUUGUGGAGCUUGCACAGGUUAGCUGUUUAUAAAGUCUAGCUUUUCCUAAGCUAGGAUUGAAAUGUGUUUUUCUUAAAAGUAAUCCAAUCACUUAGGAUCAUUGAAGGAAAAUACAGGAACGGUGGCUAAUUAUCAAAGUAAAGGAGUUGUGUUG